UUUUCAGACCAGUACUGAUAUUCCGAGCCACCGUUUCUCGAAAUGGGUAAUGCGCCCCGGCACCCGCCAUCACUACCACAGGAUGAUCCAGAUAUGGUCGGACGACUGGCUAAUAUUGGGAGAGCUCAGGAAAAAUAUGAACUCGAACAAAAAACUUUCGCAUUGAAGGAUAUACACCAAAGAGAAGUUAAUGUUGUAAACAUUCCGCCAAUGAUACGAGAAGUUCCAUUUGCAGAGUGGAGAUCGAUUUCUUCUUUUAUGAAAUUUGUUGGUCGAUUUUUAUUCUACAGUCUUUAUGAACUUGUUUUUGGACAUGGGCGAUGGACGAUUUUUCAAAUGGUCCAACAUUUUUUAUCAUCAAGGGUUUUGCAAAUACCAAAGGGUUGUGAGGUGUGGAGCUCACAGGCUGUCAACUGCCCGGAUCAAGCACCGGAACAACAAGCGCAAGCGGAUCAUUGGUUUGCGUGGCAAAUGUUGAAUGGUGUAACUCAGAAUCUCAUCAGACGUGUUGAAGAAAUCCCUGAAGAAUUUUUGCCUUUUGUGGACAUCAUUGAAGAUGACCAUCCUUAUCUAAAUGACGCACUCGAUGUGCAUGCAGAAAAUGAGGAAUUAUUUGUGGUGGAUCUAGCGGAUGUGUCCUUUAAUGAGCCAACUCUUUUGUCUCCCAUCGCAUUAUUCGUUAUAAACAACAACCUGUUGAUGCCGGUAGCUAUACGGAUAGAUCAGAAUGAUGCUAAUGAGAUUUCCAGGCCCCCUCCCGUUGUUGGGGGUUUCAUAGCCAUGCAGCAAUGGGUGAAGGCGAGAAUGUGGUUCAACAUGUUGGGCGCGCAAUAUCACGAGUCCAUUACUCACUUAGGUUUUACGCAUAUGCUGAUGGAUGGAGUAAGUGUGUGCCUGCACAGAAAUCUUUCUGAACGCCAUCCCAUUUACAAACUUAUGCUUCCGCAUUUCCGAUACAUGCACUCCAUUAAUGAGUUGGCCAUUUCCAAGUUGCUGGGGCGUGGGGCAUUCGUAGACACAGAUAUGUAUUUUGGACGUACACACAUGCUGAAAUUGAUAGCAAGACGCAAUGCAAAUUGGAACUUCCUCGACCAAAUACUGAACAACGACUUAAACAAUAGAGGAGUAAUGGAUUUGCCAGGAUACCAUUUCAGACAUGAUGCUUUAUUGCUACAAGGUGCGAUACAAAACUACGUCCAGGAAUACGUUUCUCAUUACUAUGACAAUAAUGAUGAAAACGUGGCACAAGAUGUCGAAAUUCAAAAUUUUAGAAUUCAACUCGAAGCCGAUAGAACAAUGGAUGGAAACACCGGUUGUGGAAUGCAGGGUGUGCCUGAGUUUGACAGCAUUGCAAACCUCGUCACUGUGUUGACAAAUUUCAUCUACAUCUGUAGUGUGGAACAUUCAGCAACAAAUUUCCCACAGUAUGAUCAAUAUGGCUUCCCACCCAAUAUGCCUGCAACUCUACUGGGCCAGCCCGAACUUCAAAAUGGUGCAAAUGCACUGGACAUAGCCAUGCCUACAGGACAUCAAGUUUUUUCGACAGUCAAAAUUAUGAAGGUUCUGACGACAGUACUGACAAACAGCUUAGGGAAUUACGAGUCUGUCUAUUUGAACGCAAUGGAUAACAUCGGAAGAGGUUUUGUGGAAAAUUUUCGGAUGGCUCUCGCUGAAAUCGAAACAACGAUAAAUCAGCGAAAUGCGGGCAUACUGCAAAAUCAAGAUGGUCCACUUCAAGACUAUCCCUACGAAUGGCUUCUCCCAAGCAAGGUGUUAAAUUCAAUUAGUAUAUAACAAGGUGUUAUCACAGUGUAUGACAGACAUAGAUAAAUGAUGCUGAAAUAAAAUGUAAUGCUAUGAUUUAAUUUGUCAUAAAUGAUUAAAAAAAACUGAGGAAAAGAAAUCAAGAUCCUAAGAACCCUGCUUGUAGACGCACGUAUUGAACAAACCAGUUUCAAAUGUGAAAUCAAAUUAAUUUGAACCGUUUAAGUAGACGUUAGUUUAGUGUGUCUGUUAUAGAGUUAUUUUGGAUAUCACUUUACGUACCAUUCGACAGCUCUUGGUAGCUCAAUGUUGGGUUCAAGUCCUCCUUGCAUUAUGUUGAUGUCAAACAUAUAACAUAAUCAUUUGCUAAUGAUUAAGUAUAUUAUUACUACGAAGAAAUAAUACUAGAUUUAAAUAAUGAGAUUAUCUAAGUCUGUGAACACUACUUCGUGCAUUGUGGAUCAGCCCAUUGGAGGAAUAGGACAUGUCCUAAUUUGCUCCGCACUAAACAUUGAUUAACAGGCAUAAAACCAAAAACAUGGUUGUUGUGUAAAUAUGCUGGUAGAUUUGUGUAGGUUUAGUGCUAGGUGUAUUUUUGUUGAUUUGUUAUUCUCUGUUAAUAUUAGCCAUAUCAUGUACAUUUUUUCGUUUUCCUUGAAGAAGGGGCAGAUCGUCCCGAAAAUUUGACAAUGUGGCUGUUCAUGUCGUUGAAAAUUUUAGUGUUUUGUAUAAUUUUUGUAUUUGACUUUUAUCCAUGUUGUAAUUCUAGGUACCGGGUGUUGUCAAAGAUUUUUGAAAAACUUAUUUAUUGUCAGUUAUCAAAGUGUUUAAUUACAUUUCAAUGAUAUGUCAUCGGCUUUCAGACCUGGUUGUGGGCGCCAAAAUUGUUAAAGAUUGAAUAUUAGCUCUAUACCAUACAAUGUACACUGCAGAAUUCCUUUUUCAAAAGCAUUUGACACGGUAUUUCGCAUUAUCUUAUUUCAGCAAAAUCAAAUGUUUAUGGCUUUACGAGAGAAUCUGCUAAUGUUAUAGAGAGCUGCAAACAAUGUGUGAAACAUGGAAAAUGCUUGUAUUGAUUUUGUACAAUUGUACGUACUUGUUGCACAAGGAUCUAUUUGUCCUGUUUUGUCGGGGGGGGGGGGGGGUAUUAUCAAUGAUAUUUUUCAAUUUGUCUCUGAUUGUGAGCUUUACAAUUAUGCUGUUGAUAUAACUCUUUCAAACUCAAACAACAACAUUUAUGCAAUGACAAAAACUCUAGAAUCCAAAUGUUAACUCCUGCAAAGUGGUUAAAAAUCAGUCAAAUGCGAAUCUAAGACACAAAUAAGAGAACAUCUGUGAACAAUUAAGUUAAGCUUCAUGUACUAAAUAUUUCAAACUGAAGUUAAGCAACCAUGUCAUUUGCAAACAAGCAACUACAAACUUAGAAACGCUGACAAUUUAUCACACUUUCAUCAACUAUUGUCUGCUACUCUAGCAUUUUUAUGGUGAAAUGAAAACUAGAAAAAUGGGGACAAAACUCAGAAAAAGCUUUCACGUUUCAUAUACAACGAUUACAAUUACUCAAGGACAUAUAUCUUCUAAAAAUGAAAACUACGCUGUCUUAAACUCUGGGGCAUCGGAUAAAUUUUACAAAACAAUGUCCGACCUAUAGCUGACUUCAAUUUUUUUUUUUUUUCAAAUUUUUUAGACACGAAAACCUCGGUUUUACUAAAACUUAAGGUAUCCGAUCCACAGAACCCCUAAUCCUUCCUUUUCAAGAUUUAAUUGUUAUGUAAUUUAAAAUCUUUGGUCAAAUAAAAGAUACUUAACAUUCACGGGGAUUAACAAAAGAAAAAACUCGAUAUUGACAAAAGAUUAACGUCCUUAUGAGAAAAUUCAUAUUUCUAACAAGUAAAUUCAAUGCAGAAUAUAAUUUCCAUACAAAACUCAUGACGAAAAGAUUCUUAUUACUAUCUUCUUUUUAAAAUAUGCAAGGAAAAGUAAAGGGCAUCACAAACAAAAAUGAAAAUUGCCAUCUUUAAAGAUUUCUACCGGGAGAUAACUCUGAUGAAAAUCGUAUUCACUAUAAAUUGAUCUGGGCAUCAUCUACUCCAUCUGUUGUCUCUAUCUGACUAAAGAUAAGACAUUUUGUUUUCACAAAAGAUUUAAUGCUACAUAUAUUUACUUUAUGAGAAAAUAUAUGAUGUUAUGGAUUUAUUACCUUAAUUCAACAACAUAUGGGUUGAAAUACUUUAGAUAUGAAUAUGUAAAACUGUGGAUAUGAUUACCAGAAUCGAUUAUAAAUACGACAUCUUUCAUCCAAUCAAAUGUCAAAUAAUCGGCACGGGGAUUGUGGAACUUGUGUCUGUAGCUAAUUUUAUGAUACGCAUAUUGUUCUAAAUCAUUACUUGCCUUUGAGAUAUUGUAAUAAUACUAUCUUGAAUAUGUUGUGAUAUGUGAUUUUAAUGUAUGUAGCAGAAAAUAGUCCUGAAGAGCUUGUUUUCAUAUGCUGAAUGUAACCCUUUAUCUGCCAUAAGAACAAAUAAAUCACUAAUAUAUGAGUCGUAUGUAAUGUAUUCGUUAUUUCCAAACUUAUUUCAAGGGAACAUCCUAUCGUUCGACAAAGUCCAUUCAUCAAUGCUAUAUAAUCUGUCUCUA